CCGGAACCGACUUUUAUUUUUAUUUUGGAGUCUGAAUUGUUUUUGGUUGCGUGUGUUGUUUUGCUGUCCAUGGCUCCGUUUAGUCGCAGUUUUCUUUCUUCUUUUAUGAAACUCCUGAGUCGCAGGUCGGUUUGUCGUUUCUCCGGUUGUGCAACACAGCAUCACCGGGGACCCACAGCUCCUCUGCCCGCCUCAGUGGACGCGCACGGCGGCGUGACGGUGCGCCACCUGCCCGCUGACGUCACAGAGGCUGCUUUCAGCGAGCUGCUGCGUGAGUCAGUGUGCGUGUGGCGCUCUGAGGGCCGUGUGGCUGUCUGGCUGCGGGUUCCUCUCUGUCGGAGUCGUCUCGCCGAGGCUGCAGCGCUGCAGGGUUUUACCUUCCACCAUGCGGUUCAGGACGAGGCCGUGCUCAGCCUGUGGAUGGGGGACGGAGAGAGCCGCCUGCCCAACUACGCGACACACCAGGUCGGAGUUGCAGGUGCUGUUGUGAACCAGUCCAACGGAAAAGUCCUUGUUGUUCAAGACAAGAACAGGGCGAAGAAUAUGUGGAAGUUCCCUGGUGGAUUGUCAAAUCCGAGUGAAAAUAUCGGCGACACUGCAGUCCGCGAAGUUUUUGAGGAAACUGGCAUCCGAUCUGAAUUCCGAUCUCUCCUGAGUGUCCGCCAGCAGCACCACCACCCCGGAGCGUUUGGGAAUUCGGACAUGUAUCUGAUCUGCCGUCUCGCUCCAGUAACCUACGAGAUUAACUUCUGCGAGCACGAGUGUUUACGAUGCGAAUGGAUGGAUUUGGCAAAAUUGGCCAGAAUUAGUGACGCUGCGCCAAUAACGAGCCACGUCUCCAAAGUGCUUCUCUACGGACUCGAAAACGGAUUCGACAACAUCGAUCUAAGCAUGGAGGAACUGCCCUCGGUGUACACCGGAUCCAUCUAUCAGAUUUAUCACAGGAAAAUUCCCGAGCGAUAUAAAUAAGGCACAGUGUGCCGAAGAUACUCGGACAAGCCUGCUUUCCGAGAGGCCUUUUUGAAUCGGGGAAUCAAACGAAUGGCCGUUUGUCGUAUUUAAAUAUCACUUUGAAGCAAUAAAUUUACUUAAAAAAAAAAGAUGGUAAAAGGGCCAAAUAGUAGAAUUUCAUUUGAACACAAUGGCUGAAAAAAUGAAUAAUACUGGACGUCUUUAUUAUGAUUAUUAUUAUUAGUCUAUAAAUUGCUGUUACCUGACAUAUACAGUGCUGUGCAAAAGUGUUCGCACCCCUAUUUUUUUCAUACAAACUUUAUCGGUUUUUAUUUUAUGACUUAUACAUUGAGUCAAAGCGUUUGAGAGUCCAAAUGUUCGUUUUCCAGCACAAAAUUAAAUGUUACAGAAAAAAAAAAGUUUGUAUCUGAGCAGCAUGUUCCAUAAGAGAACACUUCUCAGCAGGGUUUUGAACCAGAAUUUUUUUCCUAUUGGUUCGUUCCGAACAGAAACGGAAUUUUAACGUUUCCGGUUUUGGGUUCCACCAUUAAAUAGACGUUCCCGAACCAGUUAGAACAAAAAAAUUUCGUUCCCGGAACGGUUAAUUACGUUCCCUGUCAGCUGUUUAACAAAUGGCUAUAAAAUUAUGUCUCGGUCUCAUCCAGCUUAAGCCAAAUGUAGGCUAAUUCUAUUACAACCUUCAUUAAAUAAGACAAGAAAUGAUUCAAAACAAUUAUUAUUUCAAAUGUUGGCGAUUUGGAUUCUCAGUAUGUCUUCCCAUCUACACAAACAGAAAAAGUGCCAAAAAUGAAAGAGAAUUUGUUUAGUGUGUUACCAAAGGCUAGUCAGGCCCUAUAGAGGGCUACCGCAUGACGUCACCGCGCCGCGAGAGUUUGUUAGGCGCCAUAUUGGAAGACCAAGUACACAUCUAUGCAAGUACAUACAUACAUAAAACAAACUACACCUGAAAUGUAGCCAGGGCCGGUUCUGCCCUAAUCUGGACCCGGGUGCAACAUCGCACAUGGCAUGGCUUUUUUAUUUGUAGGCUACGGAAACUUUGAGGAACGAAAUAAAAACCGGUAUUAACCGGUUACCAUUAUUUUUAAUAAGCGUUUCUGUUCCGGAACAUAAAAAAUAAUAAAGUUUCUGGUUUCGUUUCUGUUCCAUGUGAAAUAGAAAAAGUUCCCGGUUUUCGUUUUCGUUCCUUGAACCGGUUCAAAGCCCUGCUUCUCAGAUUAAGAAAGAAAACAUACCGUAAUGAAGGCUACUGGCAAAAUUUUGGUGCAGAAUGAAGAAGCGAGUGUGACAAAGCGUCCAGAAGAACCGUGGCUGGUUCUGUGAGAUGCUCAGUAAAACCUACAGCUCAUUUCCGCAUAAAACUGCACUCACUGGACCUGAGACGACCAUUUUUAUUUUUUUAAAGCACACCAAACAUUGACUUUGUUUCAUUUAUUAAGCUUACUGCUUACCGUUUCUAGUAUUUUUUUAAUGUUGAAACAUUUCAUUUUAUUAUUUUAAGCCAUUUUUGGACGACAUCAUCUCUUUAGGUGGGCCUAAGACUUUUGCACAGGACUGUACAUGAAACAUAUUCCAGUUACAUGAUAUUAAAUAUUUCGUUUCUUUCCAACUCAAGUCAGCAUUUCUUUUGUUAUAUUUCUUCAAUAUGUGUGUUUUCUGUUCAGCGAUCAUGUCCAAAUUGUAUAAAAAUUGAAGACACAACUUGGUUGAGGAAUUAAGUAUUUCAACAACAGGUCGGUCUUUUAAAUUCUCAAUUCUGAUUGGUCAGAAAGUGUGGAUUUAAUUUCUCGAACAGCAGCUCUGACGGUAGGUCAGGGGUGUACGUCAGAAAUCACAGUUUAUGCAGUUUAAUGUGCUAGAAUACAGUGCCUUUCAAAAGUAUUCAUCCCCCUUGGUGUUUGUCCUGUUUUGUCGCAUUACAAGCCGGAAUUAAAAUGGAUUUUUGGAGGGUUAGCACCAUUUCAGUUCCACAACAUGCGUACAACUUUAAAGGUGAAAUUUUUUUUUUUUAAAUUGUGACACAAACAAUAAUUAAGAUGAGAAACAAAUCUGGAGUGUGUAUCGGUAUUCACCCCCCAAAGUCAAUACUUUGUAGAGCCACCUUUUGCUGCAAUUACAGCUGCAAGUCUCUUGGGAUAUGUCUCUAUUAGCUUAGCACAUCUAGCCACUGGGAUUUUUGCCCAUUCCUCGAGGCAACUGCUCCAACUUCUGCAAGUUCGAUGGGUUGCGUUGGUGUGUAGCAAUCUUCAAGUUCUGCCACAGAUUCUCAACUGGAUUGAGGUUUUGACUAGGCCAUUCCAAGACAUUGAAAUAAGUUUCCCUUUAAACCACUCCAGUGUACACUACCGUUCAAAAGUUUGGGGUCACUUUGAAAGGUCCUUAUUUUUGAAAGAAAAGCACUGUUCUUUUCAAUGAAGAUCACUUUAAACUAAUCAGAAAUCCACUCUAUACAUUGCUAAUGUGGUAAAUGACUAUUCUAGCUGCAAAUGUCUGGUUUUUGGUGCAAUAUCUCCAUAGGUGUAUAGAGGCCCAUUUCCAGCAACUCUCACUCCAGUGUUCUAAUGGUACAAUGUGUUUGCUCAUUGCCUCAGAAGGCUAAUGGAUGAUUAGAAAACCCUUGUACAAUCAUGUUAGCACAGCUGAAAACAGUUUAGCUCUUUAGAGAAGCUAUAAAACUGACCUUCCUUUGAGCAGAUUGAGUUUCUGGAGCAUCACACUUGUGGGGUCGAUUAAAUGCUCAAAAUGGCCAGAAAAAUGUCUUGACUAUAUUUUCUAUUCAUUUUACAACUUAUGGUGGUAAGUAAAAGUGUGACUUUUCAUGGAAAACACAAAAUUGUCUGGGUGACCCCAAACUAUUGAACCGUGGUGUAGCUUUCGCAGUAUGUGUAGGGUUAUUGUCCUGCUGGAACGUGAACCUUCGUCCCAAUCUCAAACCUCAAACAGGUUUUCCUCCAGAAUCGCCCUGUAUUUAGUGCCAUCCAUCUUUCCUUCAGUCCUGACCAGCUUUUCUGUCCCGGCAGAUGAAAAAUAUCCCCACAGCAUGAUGCUGCCACCACCAUGCUUCACUGUAGGAAUGAUGUUCUCUGGGUGUUGGGUUUGUUGGUGCUAACCCCCCUAAAAAUUCCAGCUUAGCUUUUAAUGCGACAAAACCGGACAAACACCAAGGGGGAUGAAUACUUUUGCAAGACACUGUAAAUUAUUAAUGUAUCUGGAGUAUGAACGAAUUCAAAGGGACUUAUAUGGCAGGCGCGUGACAUACAGAAAUUUAUGCAUAAUUAAUAAACAAAUGAAAAAUCGUCAAGGAAAUUACUUUGAAGUAAUUUGUUGUUUUCAGUCGGGCACCACCCGAACUGAUAAUCACAUCAGCUUUUCUUUGGCUAGUCAGACACAAGGUAUGCCACCACUCUUGCCAGAGCAGUUGGGGGUUAGGUGCCUUGCUCAAGGGCACUUCAACCAGUCCUGCUCGUCCAGGGAAUCGAACUAGCGACCUUUUGGUCCGAAAGCUGCUUCUCUAACCAUAGGCCAUGGCUUCCCAAUUUGUACUAAUUAGAAACUGAUUUGUUUGUCGACGACAUUAAAUGUAACUCCAAACAGAUAAAAGUACGAUGUCAUGAUUAGAAAGUGAUGAAUUAAAAUAAAUUAAAAAUUGUAAUUGCUGGCACUUUGCGGUGAUAGACAUAAGAAGAAAACACUUCAGGAUGUGCUGUUGAUUAGUUUUGUUUCUUACUUCUAUUUGACCUAGCAAAUAAAUAUGAUAAAACACACGCUAAUUUCGUUUUAAUAAUAAUAAAAAUAAUAAUAAUAAUAAUAAUAAUGCUGUACGAUGCAUUUUACAUGGUUACACUGUUAAAUUGUGACAUUUUAUAAAAUGUUGGUGCUGUAUAACUGCGGCACAAAGUUAAAAAAAGAAUAAAAACCCUUUAUUUUCGAAAAAUGUGUUUUUCCACUAUUCUUGAAUGAAACAUCUAAACCUGAUAUUCAAGCACUUUCAAAUAAACCAAAAGAAGCAAAACGUUGAUGUUAUUAAUGACGAGAUUUCAUCAUAUUCUGGAAAAAAAAUGCCACUUCAGUUCUUCACUUUGAAGCAGGAAGUCAGUAAUUGCCGAAAAUAUUUGGACUUAAAUAUAGUAUUGAAUGUAAAUAUUGUAUAUACAGGACAGUCAUAUCAAAGAAAGUUAAUAUAUUGAAAUACUGUUAGAGUUUAACUCCAUACACACAGAUACAUCGAUAAUAUUUAGUGUUUUUUCUCUCUCUCUCGCUCUCUCUCUGUCUCACAUAAAAUCUCAUUUACAGCACAAUUUGAUCUAUACACACUAAAAGCUAGAAAGGAGGAUACACACUGUAUAGAAGCAGCAUCUUUUAAACUCACAUUAUUUAGUCAUGACAUUCGUUAAAACAAAUAAAACGUACAGGAGCUGCAGUCAUAAACAUCAAGAGGCUUUAAAAAUGAAAUAACUUUCAAAAAUCACGCAACUUUAAAAGAAGAUGCGCUUUUACCAAUUCCAUCAUUGCUUCGUAAAUUUGUGAAUGAAGUCAUUUUUUUCAGUGCUUUUAUUUGAUUGUUAUGU